CUCACUUCAUUAUCGGGUAGAGAGAGAGUGCGUUUAUGGAACUGAGAUUUUGCUGGAGCUACAAGGUAUUACAGCUCAAUCCACUCACUUCUAGUAGUAGUAGUCAAAAAGUAUUGAAGAAAAAUAAAAUUUAUCCAUCCAAGUUUUCCUUUCUCUUCAAGUAUAAUGCUCAACUAAUUCCCUUUUCUCAUCUUCCUCUUUUUAUCAUCAUCAUCAUCAGAGCAGUAGUAGUAACAGUGCUUAUGUAACUCAACAAUCUUUAACUUAAAUCAUUCCAUUUACUCCCAACUUCAUUUCCACUUCUGUAACUCAACAAAAGGGUGGUUAUGAGUGAGACUGGAGUGAUGUUUUUAGGUUUGAAUUAUUUCACUCCGAAUGAUGGUUUCUAGGGUUUCAUUUUCGAUCUGCUUUGUUUUUAUGCCCUAAACGAACCAACUCUUCUUUCCUGACACCAAAAGUUGCAGAUGAUGGACGAAUUAUCAUCUAAUGGACAGCGCUUUAGAAAACUCCCACGGCAUUCUCUUCUUGGGAAUUUGGAGUUGGAUCCACUGCUGAAUGAAAACUUGGAGCAGUGGCCACAUCUGAAUGAAUUGGUUCAUUGCUACAAAGCUGAUUGGGUGAAGGAUGAAAGCAAGUAUGGGCACUAUGAAAGCAUUGCUCCUAUUUCAUUUCAAAAUCAAGUUUUUGAAGGGACUGAUACUGACAUCGAGACGGAGAUGCGUCUUGCAAGUGCAAGGCAUUCUGCUACCGAAGAUGCUACUGAUGAUGACGUCCCUAGUACUUCAGGAAGGCAAUCGUUAGAGGUUAUUACAGCUGACAUCUCAUUCUCACAUGUUUUAAAGCAUUUCGGUGAAUCUCCAUUGCCUGCUUAUGAGCCAGCUUUCGAUUGGGAAACCGAGAGGUCAAUGAUAAUUGGGCAAAGGACGCCAGAAACUAAGACACAAUCUGGCAGUGGGUUGAAGAUUUCAGUGAAGAUUUUGUCCUUGUCAUUCCAAGCAGGGCUAGUCGAGCCAUUCUAUGGUACAAUCUGCUUAUAUAAUAGGGAAAGGAGAGAAAAAUUAUCGGAGGAUUUCUAUUUUCAUGUGCUACCGGCUGAAUUGCAGGAUGGUAGACUUUUUUCUGAGCAUCGGGGUAUUUUCUCUUUGGAUUCCCCAUCAACAUCAGUUUGCCUGCUUAUACAGUUAGAGAAGCCCGCCACAGAAGAAGGCGGAGUCACCCCUUCUGUGUAUUCACGCAAGGAUCCAGUUCACUUGACCGAAAGAGAAAAACAGAAACUUCACGUAUGGUCUCGGAUCAUGCCUUAUCGGGAAUCUUUCUCUUGGGCUAUGGUUCCACUGUUCGAUAACAACAUUGCUUCUUCUUCUGGUGGUGCUGCCUCCCCCAGCAGUCCACUUGCUCCUGGUAUAUCUGGAUCUGGUUCCUUUGAUAGUAUUGCUGAACCUGCCACUAAGAUUGGCUUAGACGGGAAGCUGGCUAGGUCUUCUGACGGGAGUUCUUUCAUUGUCGAAAUAUCAAACCUAAAUAAAGUUAAAGAAAGCUAUACAGAGGACUCCCUUCAGGAUCCUAAACGAAAGGUCCAUAAACCCGUGAAAGGCGUACUAAAACUAGAGAUCGAAAAGAUUCAGGUCAGCCGGGUUGAGUUUGACAAUAUUUCAGAAAGUGGAAGUGUGACCAAUGAUUGCGUUGAUGCCGGGGAUCGUUUUGUUGAUUCUGCUGCUAUUAAGGGUCUGAGCAGCAGUGAUGGACCACAUAAUGGCAAUUCCUUCCACAACGGAAAACACAUACAUAGAAAUGGUUCAAAUGUUCUUGGUAGUACUGCCGAUUUCAGUUCUGAUGAUUUCCAAGCUUUUGACUUCCGUACAAUGAUAAGAAGCGAACCUUUUACACAACUUCUUCACUGUCUGUAUAUAUAUCCGUUAACUGUCAGUUUGGGCCGGAAAAGGAACUUGUUUAUACGUGUUGAGCUGAAAAAAGAUGAUGCUGAUCCGCGCAAACAGUCUUUGGAGGCAAUUUAUCCAAGGAAUUCAGGAGAACCACUCCAGAAAUCUGCCCACACACAAGUUGCUGUUGGGGUCAGAGUUGCCUGUUACCAUGACGAGAUUAAAAUUUGCCUUCCUGCCAUUUUCACACCUCAGCAGCAUCUCCUAUUUACUUUCUUUCAUGUUGACCUUCAAACAAAACUCGAAGCUCCAAAGCCUGUGGUGAUUGGAUAUGCUGCCCUUCCACUGACAGUACAUGCUCAGAUGCGAUCUGAAGUUUCCUUACCAAUUAUGAAAGAACUUGUUCCUCAUUAUCUGCAAGAUGGUGCCAAGGAGAGGCUGGAUUUCCUGGAAGACGGGAAAACUGUAUUUAGAUUGCGGUUAAGACUAUGUUCCUCUUUGUUUCCAAUUAACGAGCGUAUUAGAGAUUUUUUUCUUGAAUACGAUAGGCAUACACUCCGAACAAGUCCUCCUUGGGGGUCUGAGCUUCUUGAGGCAAUCAACAGUCUGAAAAAUGUUGAUUCAUGUGCGCUGCUGCAGUUUCUGCAGCCCAUACUGAAUAUGCUUCUUCACCUUAUAGGUGAUGGUGGUGAAACCCUUCAGGUUGCAGCCUUUCGAGCUAUGGUCAAUAUUUUAACUCGGGUGCAACAGGAAUCAUCAGAUGGCGCGGAAAGAAAUCGAUUUCUUGUCAACUAUGUCGAUUAUGCAUUUGAUGAUUUUGGCGGUCGCCAGUCACCUGUUUAUCCGGGCCUGUCCACAGUGUGGGGAAGUCUAGCUCGCAGUAAGGCAAAAGGCUAUCGUGUUGGACCAGUUUAUGAUGAUGUGCUGGCAAUGACUUGGUUUUUUCUGGAGCUAAUUGUAAAAUCCAUGGCACUGGAGCAAAACCGUCAUUUCUACCAUUCUCUUCCUCUAGGUGAAGAUGUCCCGCCAUUGCAGUUGAAGGAGGGUGUAUUCAGAUGUAUCAUGCAGUUGUAUGAUUGCCUUCUUACGGAGGUGCAUGAGCGAUGCAAGAAGGGAUUAAGCUUGGCAAAACGCUUGAACAGCAGUUUAGCUUUUUUUUGUUAUGAUCUUCUAUCAAUUAUUGAGCCUCGUCAAGUCUUUGAACUGGUGUCGCUUUACAUGGACAAGUUCUCUGGGGUCUGUCAAUCAGUUUUGCAUGAGUGCAAGCUUACUUUUUUGCAGAUAAUAUGUGAUCAUGAUCUUUUCAUUGAGAUGCCUGGCAGGGAUCCUUCAGAUAGGAACUAUCUUGCAUCAGUUUUAAUACAGGAACUUUUCCUUACCUGGGAUCAUGAUGAUAUAUGUCAACGAGCUAAAGCGGCUAGGAUCUUGGUUGUUCUCACUUGCAAGCAUGAGUUUGAUGCUCGAUACCAGAAGCCCGAGGAUAAAUUAUACAUUGCGCAGCUAUAUUUUCCACUUAUUGGACAGAUCCUAGAUGAAAUGCCUGUCUUUUACAACUUAAAUGCUAUUGAAAAACGUGAAGUAUUGAUUGUCGUGAUGCAAAUUGUACGAAAUCUGGAUGAUGCAUCUCUUGUCAAAGCUUGGCAACAAAGCAUCGCUCGUACCAGACUGUUUUUUAAACUCCUGGAGGAGUGCCUUGUUCUUUUUGAGCAUAAAAGACCAGCUGAUAGCAUGCUUAUGGGAUGUAGUUCUCGCAGCCCGGAUGGAGAGGGAUCUGGCUCCCCCAAAUACUCAGAUAGGCUUUCGCCUGCAAUAAACAACUAUUUGACUGAGGCAUCACGUCAAGACGUUAGAUCCCAGACAACGCCAGAGAAUGGGUAUUUGUGGCAGAGAGUCAGUCCCCAACUAAGUUCCCCAAGCCAACCAUAUUCACUGAGAGAAGCCCUUGCCCAGGCUCAGUCUUCAAGGAUUGGAACAUCAACCCGUGCACUAAGGGAGUCAUUGCACCCAAUAUUAAGGCAAAGGCUGGAACUCUGGGAAGAAAACUUGAGUGCUGCUGUCAGUCUCCAGGUUUUAGAAGUAACCGAGAAGUUUUCCACAGCUGCAGCAUCUCAUAGUAUUUCUACAGAUUAUGGGAAAUUAGAUUGCGUCACAUCAUUAUUUGUUAGCUUCUUUUCACAAAGUCAGCCUCUUGCUUUUUGGAAAGCGUUGGUUCCUGUAUUCAAUAGUGUCUUUAGUCUUCAUGGAGCAACAUUAAUGGCGAGGGAAAACGAUCGGUUUUUAAAGCAGGUUGCUUUCCAUCUUCUCCGGCUUGCAGUUUUUCGUAACGAUAGUAUAAGGAAAAGAGCAGUAACCGGGCUACAAGUACUUAUCAGGAGUUCCUUCUUUUAUUUUAUGCAUACAACAAGGUUGAGAGUAAUGUUGACAAUUACCUUGUCUGAGUUAAUGUCUGAAGUACAAGUAAGUCAAAUGAAACCUGAUGGAUCACUCGAAGAGAGUGGGGAAGCUCGUCGUCUUAGGAAGUCCAUGGAGGAAAUGGCUGAUGAAGAUAGAAGUCUUGACUUAUUGAGAGAGUGUGGGCUGGCUGAGAGUAUUCUCAGAGCAGUUCCCGAAAAUUCGGCAGAGGAUAGGUGGUCAUGGUCAGAGGUAAAAUAUCUGUCCAAUAGUCUCCUUCAGGCCCUUGAUGCGAGCCUGGAACAUGCUCUCGUGGCUACUGUGGUGAGUGUGGAUAGAUAUGCAGCAGCUGAGACCUUCUAUAGACUUGCAAUUGCAUAUGCUCCUGUUCCAGAUCUUCAUAUAAUGUGGCUGUUGCAUUUAUGUGAUGCACAUCAAGAAAUGCAAUCUUGGGCUGAAGCUGCCCAAUGUGCAGUCGCUGUUGCUGGUGUAAUUAUGCAGGCUCUUGUUGGAAGAAAUGAUGCUGUAUGGACUAGAGAUCAUGUGGCUGCAUUGCGCAAAAUCUGUCCUAUGGUCAGCAAUGAGAUAACUGCAGAGUCUUCUGCAGCCGAAGUAGAGGGUUAUGGUGCAUCUAAACUCACAGUUGACUCCGCUGUGAAAUACCUUCAGCUUGCCAAUAAGCUUUUCUCUCAAGCCGAACUCUAUCAUUUCUGUGCGAGUAUUCAGGAGCUGAUAAUUCCUGUUUAUAAAAGCAGGAGGGCAUUUGGUCAGCUUGCAAAAUGUCACACCUCCUUAACUAGCAUUUAUGAAUCGAUUCUUGAACAGGAAUCCAGUCCCAUCCCUUUCACCGAUGCAACAUACUACCGUGUUGGGUUCUAUGGCGAUCAGUUCGGGAAGCUUGAUAGAAAGGAAUAUGUAUACAGAGAACCUCGAGAUGUGCGGCUAGGGGACAUAAUGGAGAAGCUUAGUCACAUAUAUGAGUCUCGGAUGGACAGCAACCACACCCUGAACAUAAUUCCUGAUUCUAGACAAGUUAAAGCAGAUGAGUUGCAACCUGGAGUUUGCCAUUUGCAGAUCACUGCUGCCGACCCUAUUAUGGAAGACGAAGAUCUGGGCAGUAGAAGAGAGAGAAUCUUCUCUCUUUUACCCGGAAGCAUGCGUGCACGUGUGUUUGAUCACUUCUUGUUUGAUACCCCAUUUACCAAAAAUGGUAAAACCCAAGGUGGAUUGGAAGACCAAUGGAAGCGCCGUACUGUACUGCAAACAGAAGGUUCAUUUCCAGCGCUAGUGAAUCGGCUCUUGGUCGUUAAAUCUGAGUCACUUGAGUUUUCACCAGUAGAAAAUGCUAUUGGGAUGAUUGAAACUAGGACAGGUGCAUUGCGUAAUGAGCUGGAAGAGCCACGUAGCUCUGAAGGGGAUCAACUCCCACGCCUCCAAAGUUUACAAAGGAUACUCCAGGGCAGUGUUGCAGUUCAGGUGAACAGUGGAGUCUUGAGUGUGUGCACAGCUUUUUUGUCUGGUGAGCCUGCAACUAGGUUGCGGUCACAGGAAUUGCAGCAACUUAUUGCUGCACUUCUUGAAUUCAUGGCAGUUUGUAAGCGAGCAAUAAGGGUACACUUCAGGUUGAUCGGGGAAGAAGAUCAAGACUUCCACACACAGUUAGUAAAUGGGUUUCAAUCCCUUACGGCUGAGCUUUCUCAUUACAUCCCAGCCAUUCUUUCAGAGCUUUGAUGGUCUUCACCAUCUGUGGGAGUUGUUCAUAUUUUGUUCUUUUAUUGUUAUUUGUUUUUUUUAGGUUAAUUUUUUGGUAUUUCUUGCCUGCCCAGGGUUUCGUAUAUGAUUAGAUGUCUUGUGAGAUGUAUAUACUAUCCUCAAUACCACCCCACGUGUUUGUAAAAUGCAAUGUAUUCCCAUUUUUUCUUCCAAGUUAUAUUCUCUAAUUACAUGUCUUUAGUGUUUUGCUC